AUGGACCAAUCUGUCGCAUAUGAAGCAUUGUCGUACGUUUGGGGCGAUACGAAGACCUACAACUCCAUCAUGAUCAACGAAAAGCCGUUCCUGAUUCGAGAAAGUCUGUAUUAUGCGCUUGUGGCACUGAGGAGCGUGUCCGAGCGUAAGGUCCUUUGGGUGGAUGCGAUUUGUAUCAAUCAGGGCAGCGUCGCCGAACGGAACCUUCAGGUCCGGCAAAUGAACCGCAUCUACGCCGAUGCCAAAGUCGUGGCAGCUUGGCUUGGGGAGCCGACACUAGCUUCCGACCGCGGGAUCAACUUUCUACGAGGAUUCAAAAAUAUUUCCCCAGACGGGUGGGGACUCCGAGACACGGAACGCAAAUCGAUCGAAGGAUACAGGCGCUUGUAUAGCCCUAUCAUAGCUAGUCUUGGAGACGGUAUAUCGGAAUCAGGUCUGCACGAGGCCCUGCAGCUCCUGCAAAGGCCGUGGUGGACCCGAAUGUGGACUUUGCAGGAAAGCGUCCUGUGUCGCAACGUACUGUGCUGGUGUGGUCAAGAUUCGUUGCCCGUCUCCUGUUUUUGGGAGUUUACAUGGUUCAUUUUUCUCUCAACCAACUACGGCGCCUGGACCGGACCGACCAUCGAUGCUUCUCUCCCCUUCCGAACGACAAUGUGGAUCGGGAGGCUCGGAUGGAUGAUUGCCAGGGAAGGCAAAAUAAGCUUACUCGUAGCAGUGAAUGUCUCAUGGAAUAGGGCGGCGACGGACCCAAAAGACAAGAUCAUCGGACUUCUUGGUCUGAUUGAUCAGUCUUCGGGCCUGGUCGCAGAGUAUGGUUGGCCGGUGGACAAGGUCUAUCGAAAGGCCUUCGCCGCUGUUCUAAGGGAAGCGAAAGACAUAAACCCCUUGGGCCUCAUCAAAGAGCUGCCGGAAAAUAGAAAUCCCAGACUCCCGUCGUGGGUUCCUGAUUUCGAGAUACACUCCGGACAUGGGGGCGAUGACUUUGAUUCGUUGUCGAAACCAAUCUGGGCCAGAACAAGAAGGUGUUACAGCGCGUCUUUGGCGGCAGUGAAGAAUCACCUGCAGUUCGAAACCAAGGCCGACGACUCAAUUCUCGUUGUGGAAGGAAUGGAGUUCGACAGAGUCAAAAUCAUUGGCGGCAAAGCUCCAGGAUGGGAUUUGGGUAACCCCACUCAAGCAGUAAAUGGGCCAUGGAGAGAGGCGAUGCGGAAAUGCCUGAGUCAGUGGCGCACAAUGAUCGCGUCAGAGGAAGGAGACUAUCUAACCGGCGAGUCUCCAGUGAACGCGUUCUGGAGAACUGUCUUGGUUGACCUCAAGCAAGGAAGUGCUGUUGGAUAUGAUCGCCUCGAACCUCACGAUUUGAAGUCGUUGCUGGGACUAGAAACCGACCAAGGAAUAGACGACUUGUUUUAUGUACAUGGCGCGAUGGACGGCGAGAUCGCUAGAGCCGCUGCAUUCGAGAACCUUCCUUGCCAGAAGUUCGAAAUCGAGUAA